CUGGAGGGAAAUCCGCACCAAGAAAAAAGUACUGUCGCAAGAAGAAGAGUUGUGAGACAUGCAAAUCCACUUUUUGAUUCAUGGCUAUUAGAAUGGGAGCAAGAGGCAGCAAAAUGUGGAUCUAACAUGAGGUUUAAUUACAGAAGAGCAAGAAAUUCCUUGAAGUUGUAUCCAUUGCCAGUCUAUCGAGGGAACGAUUGUAAAGUUCUUGCCCACUUUGGUGAUAAAAUAUGUCAGAUGCUAGAUCAAAAACUAGAGAAGCACAUUGAUGAGAAUGGACCCAUUGUUUGGGAGGAAUUCAUAAGGGUCUUCAAGACAUCAGAAAAUGUGUAUGGGGUCAUUCAGCUUCCUUGGAGUGAUAUUACCUCAGAUCCAGAUCAGGUGUCAACUACUGGGAGAGGUAAAAAUCGACCAUAUGUACCUUCGUUUAGAUCUGGGGCUUACGCACUUCUUAUUGCUUUGUACAAUAAUACAAAGGAAUCUGAUGAUGGGUUCAUGAAGAAGACAGAACUAAUGAAAGCUGCUCAGCCUUUAUGCAAUGCAUCCUUUACUCAUGCCCCGGAUGGCUCACAUUAUAGGUGGUCUUCCAUGGGUACCUUGAUAAAGAAAAAACUAGUUGUUCGAGAAGGGAAUCCAGCUAGGUACAGUUUAACAUAUGACGGCAAGGCUUUAGCAGUGAGAUUGAUAGCUGGUGGAGAUGCUGACAGUUAUGCUACCUCCAAUAUACUUGCUAGUACAGCUGACAGUGGCAUUGAUGUUGUAACAUUGUCUUCUAGAAGCUGUAGUCCUCUCAGUUUGUCUAGUUCAAUGUCAAGAAAAGGAAGUUCUUCAACAGCAACACAAAAUCAGAAUUGUCGUUUGGAGAGAAAGAGUCUUUAUUGUCAAGUAUACCUGAAUCUGAAAUUAUGGUAUAUAAUGAUAUCAAAGGAAAAUGCAAUCAGAGAAAAAGGAAAAAUAAUUCUAAUGAUACUGGGAACAAAGUUGAGACAUCAGAGUAAGGUAUGCACCAAUUUUUUCCUUGUAAGGAGUGCACUGGCUGGUCUUUCUCAAUGGGAGUUUAAUAGGAAGAGAAGGAAGGACAAGAUGCAUUUUCCAGCCUCACUGGGAGUGGGGAGUGGUUAUUGCUCAAAAGACUCUUUGAUAUUCAGUUAUGUGACAAGUUUAGAGCUGGAAACACCACUUAAAGAUAAAGCAGUUGUUAGCGUAGAGGAUGACGGAUUUUUGGGUUUCCUUAUUAAGUGCCGAUUAUCAGACCUCCUCAACUCCAGUUUGUCGUACCGCAUUGAUAGUGACAGAAUUGCACCUCUCGGCUUCACUUAUGCUUACCUGUCAAAUGAAUGUGCACCAAAUCAGAGCCCAGGCUUACUUUCCCCAAGGCAGAAACCACCGUUAAAAUCAAGAAUACCAGGCCCUACAGAUAUGGAAUCUGGUAACCAGGAUAAGCGAUUAUCCUCAAAAGCCAAAAAGACAUCCAGAAGUGGUAUGCCAAGCAAGCCAGCUGUCAGCUUAUUAGAAGAUAUAGUUCCAAGGCAAGAUUUGUUAAAGAGCAGUUUUUGUGAAGAGAUUCCAGUAUCAUCAAAACCCCUGUUCUCAUUCACUCCUGGAAUGUAUGAAAUAAUCCUCUGUGUUGACAGUGCAGAGAGUACUGGAGGAUUUCAGGGAAUGGCCAAGUUCAAUAUCAAAGAAAUAUUCAUCAGCGAAUUGAAAAAACACAGAGUGCAGUAUGACAUUCGUAAACUUCAUGUUGGGGAUUUUUUGUGGAUUGCUCGUGAGCGUUCUAGUUUUCAGAGCAGCUGUAGUGAGCCAAAGGAGUUGGUCCUGCCUUACAUAGUGGAACGCAAGAGAAUGGAUGAUCUAGCAAAAAGUAUAAAAGAUGGAAGAUUCAAGGAGCAGAAGUUUCGUCUAAAGCAAUCUGGAUUGUCAAACCCCAUAUACUUGGUGGAAGAAUAUGGAUCACAAAAUCUAAGCCUCCCUGAAUCUACCUGCUUGCAAGCAAUUACCAACACGCAAGUGGUAGAUGGUUUUACGGUGAAAAUUACAAAGGAUCAAAUUGAGAGUGCAGCUUUUCUAACGAUUAUGACUCGCUGCUUGCAAAGUAGAUACCAGUUUGCAAAUCCAACAGAUUCUGCAUCAGAAAUUGCAGACCUGAAGGCUUCCCUUCAAAGGAUGCACAAGAAAAAAUGGCGGUUUUGGAAGGUAAGCAAAGUGAUGGUGAUAUUUCAAGUGAAGAGUAAUAAUAAAGAAAAUGCAAAAAUUUGGAUCGAAAUACAGAGUGCAGUUGAUUGGAAAAAAUUUGAAGAUGUACGAUUAGAAGAGUUACACACAGAGAAAAGUUUUUCAAAUGGUGAGAUUGUUGAGACAGCAUUAGUACCUUUUAAAGAUUUCAAUGUGGCAUCAAUGAAGAAUCACCAAUUAUCAGUGAAAGAGAUGUUUGUUAAACAUUUACUGCAGCUUUAUGGACUAAGUGUGGAUAAAGCUAAAGCACUUGUAGAUAAGUAUGAAACCCCUGCUGCCUUAAUGUCAGCAUAUGAAAGUCUUGUAAAUCCUGUGGAAAGUGAAAACAUGCUGACCUCCGUAAAAUGUGGGAAAGCAGGAAGAAAUUUUGGUCCAGCUCUGAGUAUGCAUGUAGCUAAGUUGUAUACUAAUCUGAUGCUUCAGUAGUCAGUAACUUACAUAUUUUAGCAUAUUUUGGCUGCUAAAAAACAAAGUACUUGUGUGUUUGUGUUGUCUCUACAAACACUAUGAAUAUUUUAUUAAU